UCCAACCAAGCAGCUCACAAAACCCUGUCAGCUUAACCUGGAAAAUUAAAGAGAGUAGAAAACUCUAAAUCAGUGCAUGCAGAUUAAAUUAAAACAUACCAAACUGGCAACUGAGAGAGUUAGUUUACAUUAAUUUUGCAUUCAAAAAGAAGAAAUAGAUUAAUUAUUCUUUUAAAUGGAUGCUUAUAUUUCUCUCUCUAUAUAGCACUUAACGUGAACAUUAUUUGAACAGUAUCUCAUCAGAAGAAUAAAAGUGCAUCAGAAGAAUGGCUCUGACUGAAGCUGAGUUUGAGAGCAGCAGCAUCAUGAAGGAAUGGGGCGGACAGGUUCAGCCGGCUUUGAUAGCAUCCUUCAUCAUCCUCUUCUUCCUGGAGGCCUGUCUUUGGGUCAGAAAUCUCACGAUCAAGAAAAGGCUCCCAGGUCCGUUCGCCUGGCCCUUGGUGGGCAACGCCAUGCAGCUGGGACAAAUGCCACACAUCACCUUCUCCAAGCUGGCGAAGAAGUAUGGAAACGUCUACCAGAUCCGACUCGGGCGAAGCGACAUUGUGGUUCUGAACGGAGACGCAGCUAUACGCAAGGCGCUCAUUGAACACAGCACUGAAUUUGCCGGGAGGCCGAACUUUGUGUCCUUUCAGAUGAUUUCCGGCGGUCGGAGCGUGGUGUUCAGCAGUUACAGCAAACAGUGGAAGGUGCAUCGGAAAGUAGCGCAGACAACUUUGAGAGCAUUCUCGUUGGCAAACACUCAAACCAAAAAGACAUUCGAACAACACGUUGUGGGCGAAGCCAUGGAUCUGGUCCAGAAGUUUCUAAGGCUCAGUGCCGACGGGCGACACUUCAAUCCUUCUAAUGAAUUCACCGUCGCAGCCGCAAACGUAAUGUGCGCGCUUUGCUUUGGGAAACGCUACGGCCACGACGAUCCCGAGUUCAGGACUCUUCUUAGAAGAGUGGAUAAGUUUGGCGAAACCGUUGGUGCUGGAAGCCUGGUGGACGUCAUGCCUUGGCUGCAGUCGUUUCCGAAUCCAGUCCGAAGUGUUUAUCGAAACUUCAAGCUACUUAAUGAAGAGUUCUUUGCUUAUGUGAAGGACAAAGUGGUGCAGCAUAGAGACACGUACGACCCUGAGGUCACCCGUGACAUGAGCGAUGCAAUCAUUGGCGUAAUUGAGCAUGGGAAAGAUAGCAUGCUGACUAAAGACUUUGUUGAGUCUACAGUCACAGAUUUAAUCGGUGCAGGACAAGACACAGUGUCAACAGUCAUGCAAUGGAUACUUCUGCUUUUAAUCAAAUACCCAUCAAUCCAAACCAAACUCCAAGAGCAGAUUGAUAAAGUAGUAGGUCGUGACAGACUCCCAUCAAUAGACGACAAGAGCAACCUGGCCUACCUGGAUGCCUUCAUCUACGAAACUAUGCGCUACACCAGCUUCGUCCCCGUCACCAUACCGCACUCCACCACCUCAGACGUCACCAUCGAAGGUCUCCACAUCCCCAAAGACACAGUGGUGUUCAUCAACCAGUGGUCCGUCAAUCACGACCCUCAAAAGUGGCAGGAUCCUCACAUCUUCAACCCGUCGAGAUUCCUAGACGAGACCGGAGCUCUGGAUAAAGACCUGACCAACAGCGUGAUGAUCUUCUCGACAGGUAAGAGAAGAUGCAUUGGUGAUCAGAUUGCCAAAGUGGAAGUUUUUCUGUUCUCUGCCAUCCUUUUGCACCAGUACUCGUUUGAGAGCAACCCCUCUCAGGAUCUCUCCAUGGACUGCUCUUAUGGUUUAACACUGAAGCCGCUCCAUUACACAAUCUCGGCGAAGCUCAGAGGAAAACUUUUUGGCUUGGUAUCGCCGGCAUGAGUAUAAAUAAAUAACCAGCUUGCUAUUGUGACUAAAGGCCAGCAGAGACUGAACAUAUUACAAAUGUAUUCCACAUAAUGAGUAUUAGUAAAGCUGCACUGAAUGCUGUUUAGUAAUUGUAUAUCAAUGAACUGAUUCAUUCACAUCCAUAGGAUAUGUUGUCAGGUAACUGAAGAGAUUCUUCAGCUCUUCACAGUAAUGUUUUAAUUGCUUUAUGUUUAUAAAACACCAUCUAUGCUUCAAAAUAAUGUUAGAAGGACUGCAAUAUGAAACGUUUAUGGUCCAAUGCUAAGCUACUAUCACUGUAGACAUAUCAAUUAUUAUGUAAUAUUAUGCAAUUGUCUGUAGAUCGUGUUGAGUCAUGUUAAUGGGCAGCAGCUGUUGGAGAACUUUUACUUCCUAUGAGACUCAGAUUUGGCAUCGCAGUGCAUUUAAUUAUGCUUGCAUAAAACUGUAUAACAAUGUGAUUAUGUACUUCAGGUAUUUUAAGUAUUAGGCAUUUUUAAGCAUUUAUUUAUACCCAUUAUACAACUGUUUAUACAAAUUAUAUUCUUUAUAAAAAUGCAUAUAAAUUUGAGAUUCUUAAAAAAAGGUUACAAGGGUCAUUUGUUAAAAUAACAGUAGUUUUAGCGACAUGCCAAUUUGCAAUCAAUGCUUUGCUGAGUCUGUUCUAUUGCUCAGAGAAUCACCCAAUGAAGUCUUUAGCAUCAUGCUGGAUGAACUAUCCGCUUCCUCAUUGUGUCAUUUUGAAGGUUCUCCCACAUGCUCAAAGCAAAUCCUCAAAAUCAUGUAUAAAACCACCAGUAUAAAUCAAAGCUACUAUCUCAAGUUGUACUCCUAUAUCACAUUGCAUUUAUUAUGAUAAAUGUUUACACUGAAUGUUUUGCAAGCUCUGUAACUGAAGUGCAUGUAUUCAGAAAUACAGCUUUUGAAGAAAAAAAUAUAUAUAUUUUUUUUAAUGUUCAGGUAUUGUUUUAAAUAUGUGUUCUUUUUACUAUUGGAAAAUAAGCUACAAGAGGAAUAAAUAAAGUGUUGUUUUACAACCUGUGAAGAUGCACUCCGUCUCUUUCUGUUUUGACCCUCAACAUGAUUCGCAUUUUAUAAGAAAAUACAUGCACAUAAAUACAUUCUACACACAAUCAAAUAUGAAAGUUUGAAAAAAAAAAAUCACAUCAGACUAAACCAGCUUGGCAUCCAAAUUUACUGUCUGAAUGGUCUGCAUCUGUCUUCACUUAUAUUGUCUCUAUAUAUCCCUAUUUGUUAGUUUUAUGGCCAAUAUUUCUGUUUGCGUUCAGUUUCUGAGAUAUUUCUGUAAAGCCACAUCUUUAAAGUCAAAUUAUCUUAUUAAAUUUAUACAACAGUCAUUAUUCUAACUACAGCUCAUGAUAAAUGCACUCUCAUGGUACAUA